AUGUCAAUAUCAUCUCAGGUUUCAAACUCAGUGAACAACCAAUCCUCUAUUGUGAAUCUGAACCUACCCUUGACCAUUACUCAUUUGAUUUCGAUCAAAUUAGAUCGAAACAAUUAUCUUCUAUGGCGUUCACAGUUCAUACCAGUCUUGAAAGGAUUCAAGGCUCUUGGUUAUGUUGAUGAGCCUAUCUCUGCUCUGCCCAAAUUUGUUAAAGACAAAGAAGGUGUUCUUGCCCAGGUCAUAGAGCAUGCUACUUCAUCCAAAAGUAUAUGGGAUGCUCUUGCUCGAUUGUUUGCAUUCAGAUCCAAUGCAAGGGUGAUGCAGUUGAGAUUUGAAUUGUCACACCUUAAGAAAGGUAACCAGUGCAUGGCUGAUUAUAUCCAAAAAGUCAGGCUUAUUUCUAAUAGCCUAGCAGCCACUGGAGGGAUAAUAUCUGACUCAGAACUUAUACAAUAUGUCCUUGGAAGACUUGGACCUGACUUUGAGUCAUUGGUCACAAUCAUUAUGGUUCGAUCUAAUGGUUUUACUUUUGAUUAUAUGCAAGCCUUAUUACUGAAUCAUGAAAUUCGUGUUGAACACACUAAGUUGUGUUUUGAUAAUUAUCAUCCUAUUGCUAAUGUUGCUUCACGUUAUGACAAGGCUAAGGAUACUAAGCAUGACGUAAAAAAAAUCAAAACAAAUUCAGAUUAUUAA